UUGAAGCAGCAGUUUGACUCUCGCCACAUCAAAGCCAUGAAGCUCUCGAGCCAGACGACCUCGCCUUCAGCCACGCAUCACCGGGGCAAUGUUCGUCGACGGAUUACCAGCAUCAUCAGCGUCGUCGUUAUCAACGUGCUUGUGGUUGUUUUGACAAUCGUGCCCAUUGUAACGGCCCAGCUACCGCUCAGUCUACAGAAUCUCGUGGUCGAAAACGUGGCCAUCGCAGAGUGCUCGACGCGACCCCCGCUCCCCAAUAGCGUCGGCGUCCAUCGUCCCGUCUGCCAAUUCGCCCCACCGGACACUACGGUUUGCUUCCGUGGUAUCGAUAUGAAGCGGAUAGAGGCCAUAGGGAGGGCGAACCAAACUCGUCAGCUGAUACUGUGCGAUUGGCCCGUGCGCAGCUUCGACCCAACGGUGCUGACCAAGCUGGAACGGACGCGGUUGGAACGGUUCGCAUUGACCGGCCGCUCAUUGCAACGAUUGGCGCACAACUUUCCCUCGCUCGCGUAUCUCCGGAUGGUCAACAUAACCGGAACGCGCCUGAAUCAAACGGAUGCGAAUGCAUUCUACGACCUGGAGCAGUUGCAGGUCCUGAACCUGCGGGGCAACGAGCUGGAGCAGAUUGAACAGUAUCGCUUCCGUAGCGGCCACGUUGAUAUCUAUCUUCAAGGCAAUCUGUGGAACUGCACCAACGACAUGAUCUGGCUGCUGCGGGAGCAUUCCCAGCAAUACGUCGACGGUCCCAGCUGGGUGUGCAAGGACUGGAAGUACACCGGACGGCCGGUGCUGACGGCCAUGGAAUAUAAGCGUGUCGUACAGGAAAGCUGCAUGCAUGAGGAGAUCUGGAACUGUAGCUGCCACGUGUCCUUUCUGCGGCUAAGCGACAACGGGAUGUCCUUUCACCCGAUGAUCAUGGUGAACUGUAGCGAUCGGGGAUUCUACCAACUGCCGCAGUAUCUACCGGGGAAUACGACCGUUUUGCACAUUUCCGGCAACAAGCUCGAUUCGGUGGACAGUCUGACGACCAACGAGCACUACCAAAGUGUGCAGGACAUCUUCCUGGACCACAACCGGAUUACUUCGAUCGACAUUCUGGAGGAUACGGUUUGGUUGGACCAUUUCCGGAUCCUCAGCCUGCGGGGAAACAAACUCAACCGGAUACGCGUCUAUACUGUCGAGCACGCGAUAGAACGUAAUCCGAGUGUGGGAAAGUUGUAUCUCUCGAACAACCCGUGGCGCUGCGGGUGCCGCUUUGCGAUACGCUUUCAACGGUUUCUGCGCAAACACGAAUCGCUGGUCGCGGACACACGCAACAUUACGUGCUACUUCAUCCAUGAUGAGGACGGCAGCAAGCAGUACCUUCCAGUGUUGACCCUCACACCGAACGACAUUUGCCGGGAGUCGGAGCACAACACGGCCGCAUUCUACAACUCCCUCAGUAUCGUGUUCGCCUCACUGAUCGUACUGAUCUUUGCCAAGCUGGCGUACGAUUACUAUCGCUACCGGAAGUACGGCAAGUUACCGUGGUUGAUUAUGAAAAUGCCCUAAUCCACUCCAGUUGCGUUUAGGGCCAACGUACUUAAAGCCACCCCUCGUCCUGUAUACGGACAUCAUCUCAGUUUGAAAUGUGAUAGUUACGCUAGAAUCUAACUCGAAACCAACGAAGGAAGACAAAUGAAACAUUAGCUGAUAAAUUAACCACAUUACAAUCUAAACUAUAAUUUGUUACUUAAUUUAGGAUAUUUUCUUCAAUAAAACGUUCGUUUAUUGUUUGAUUUUUGCGAACGAGGAC